GAGGAGGCUCCCUCUGAGCCCAACCCAGGCAGUUGCUGACAUCAGUCAGCCACAGCACAUGGAUGGGGGUUUACUGCACCUUCUUAACAGGAGAUUUUUAUGUGGAAAGCGUUCUUCUUUCACUCCCCCCUAUUCCUGCCAGCCACCCCUCCCCCGUUGUUUCCCUUGCUCCCUCUGAUAUCAGGUGUUCAAAGGCCUUUUUCCUUUGGCUUUAAAUCAUGGUUUAUAAUGGUGAGAAUUGUACUAUUUAAUGAUGGGGAGGCAAAGAUCUCUUAAGUUAUUUAAUCUAUCUUUCUGUCGAUGCAGGAUGGCUUUUUAGUGUUCCACAGACCUCUUCGAGUUUAGUUUUAAAUGCUGCCAGUGGCUGAGUUCGGCCAUUCUUUGAGGAGGUGACCUCAUAAUCUAAUAGAUCUCACCAUUAUAUCUCUUAAAGGGCAGUGGAUGUAUAUAAAAUGAUUUGUGAUUAAUACCAAUGCUGUCAAAUUUCUUCAUUUUGGGGUGAUUUUAGAGCCUGCCCUGAAGUGUGUUUUUUUUAAAGAUGUUUUAAAUCCUGUAUCAAUGGUUAGUUUUGCCUAGUUACUGUUCGUGACUAUGGUUAUACAAGGCAAGUUUUUAGUUGUUCCUGGGAAAGUGAUCUCCUUUAUUAAGCCACUUUUAAAAAGUGUUGCCUGGAGACAGUUUGUUUAGUGUAAAACUGAGUGGUCUGCUUUACGAUUUAAUAAAUGGUUAUGAAAUGUGUGACUGGUAUUAUAAAAUUUGUAAAUAAAAAGUGUGAAAUAUGUAUUUGUCUUUUUAUUUACCAUUGUAUAGUGCAGAAUCUGUUUACAAGACCCAUUUAUAUACAACGUUAUUUUUUAAACAAAACUUUUCACAAGUUUGUGACUUGGGAUUCAGUAACUAGAUAUGGUUUUAAGGUUGAAACCCUUUAGGAAACUAAUAAAGAGCCACACAUUUCCAACAAUAGCUUUCAUACAUUAUUUGAAGUAACAGUGGGAAUUCUGUAACAGUCUUUAAUAUCAUGCUGAUAAGCUCAGAGUUAGUGUUCUUCUGUGGUUCUGGUGAUUACGCUGAGCCUCCCUGCUUUUUGGUUAGUGUCAUGUGGGUUUCUUUCUUGUUAGAGAGAUACUCUAGAGACUGCCUGAAAACAAAAUACAUUCAAAUCUGGGAUUCACUUUUGUAGUUAAUAGAAUAUGUGCUAGAUAUCUUGACAUAAUAAACAUUUCCAGAAGUGAAGACUUAAAUGUGCCACCUGUAUUUAAGUCCUGGCUCUUAAAAUGUUAACACCUGAGUAGCUUAUAUGUGAAGUGGGGUUUGCUGCUAAACUUACAAUUCUAUGCGUCAUAUUUUGAAGUAGGCUUCCUUACCAGGUUGCAGUGCUUCCAUAUGUGAUUGAUUACUUUUAACAGCCUGAUGUAUAAUGAAGGUGAUGGUUAAACUUUUUACAGCGUGUUUGCUACUAAAUGGAUUCCCCAUCGUCUCGAAUUUAGCUGAGUAUAGUGAACUACUUCCGUACAUUGAUGAAGUGGAAGAAUAUAAAAUACUAUGCCAGUAGCUCUUGAGCAUAGGUGCUAGUGAGACAGGUCAGUGUUUCACUAAAAGCUGACUUUGAAACUCAGUAGCUGUGCGUUUAGUGUCACUCUUUUUGUAACGGAAGGCAUUCAGAGCUUAAAGUAGUGUUUUUAAUGUGCCAUCCUGCAGACUAUAUUAAAGAAACCAAUAUUUUUACAGGCAUUUUACUAUUAAGUAGCUUUAGACCCACGAUCUUUGUUUCCUGAGGCUAGAGAGAUGUGUUUAUUGUAACACCAUUGCAUAUUAGCUCAUUUACGGUGUUCAGUAUUCAGAUUAGGUAGUAUAACUGGUGAAAAGUACGCUUCUAAUGUGCUGCAGUUAGUUUUAGCUAUCUUAGAGUGCACAUCUCUAUCUUUUAAUGUAUGAAGAUACAUCAGCUGCCUUUUUUUUUUUUUUUUUUUACUUUUUUGAUGUGCACAAAGGCAGUGACCUUCCCCCUAACUAACAAGAAAUUCUGAAAUCCUUUUCAGUAUUAAGUUUCAGGUCAUGGUAAUAUAAUGGAAUGAAUUUAGUAUAUUGUAAAUGAAGACACAUUUAAGCAUGAGAAACCACUGUGGUUUUCCCAUAUAAAAAUAGUGUUGAGUCGGUGCCCCUCUAUAAGCCACCUUAAUGGGGAAAGAAUUAAAUAUAAAACUGUAAAACAAGAGCACUUUCACACACUUGUCUGGACAAUGGGGUUGUGAAGUAAGGUGUCAUUAAUGAACCUACUAGCCUGUCCUGUUUAAAAUGCGCAGUGAGUGAAGUUAUUCUGGUUUUAUCCUGAGCUUACCAGAUGGUGAAUGGGACUUAAGUAUUAUGAAUGGAUGUUCUUCUAAGGGGAUCACGGUCGACACGCAGCUUGUAGCGUUGUCUUUUCAGUUGUCCACUCAACAAGUCUGUAUACUUCCUGAUGCUUUCUGGAACUUUGUGGUGCCAUCUGCUUGUGAAGGCUAAUAUUGAGCAUUAAAAUCACUUUUAUUUGGGCCAGUAGUGCUUCAUUUACAUUAGAAGUUGCUCUGGCAGUCCAGCAUCACCACACUUCUGUUGCACAAGCUUGGUUCAAGUCUUGAGUGUGAAAUUAAAAGGAAAAAAAAAAAGCAAACCUCCUCUUGUAGCAAAGGUGUGCCCGGAAUAUGAAGACUCCCUUCCCUGAAAAACAUGAUUGCAGUUUAUAAGCUCAUCUGUACUCGGUCAUGACUGAAUUUUGUUUGGAUGCAGAACUUUGUUUGAACUGCGCAUUUCGCGUGCACCAUGAAAAUCUGACUGUGGGUAUCUGCAAGUGCCAAGAGAGAAUGGGACUCCUUGCUCCAUUUCUUUGGAUUACAAUGAAAUGUCUGUGACCUAUUCUGCAUGUAGUUUACCAAAAGACUGUGACGCUCACCAUAAAACCUGCAUCUACAGAAGUUCACUAAUUUGGGCUUUUUGCCAGAAGUCUGACUUGUGUUCUGUGAAAUCCAGAAAAACUGCAUUCAAGGAGGUUUGAGUUAUAAACAAUUUUCGGAAGUUCCUUCAAGUGCUAACAGUGGUUUUCUGCUAACUUAAACUUACUUUCUCAAUGGGUUUUGAAAGGUUACACUCAGUGUGCUAGCAGCAAUAUUGUCUUGUGGGCUUCUUUUUUUUUUCUUUUUUUUUUUCUUUUUGCCCAAAACUUUCACACACAAAGAGAAUAACCUAAGGUGUUACUUUUUUGUGUGGUAGACACACUGCCUGGUACUUUCAGCUGGCUAUCGAUUUUCCAGUUUAAGUUUUUAUAUAAACAAAAACCCCGAGCAAAUCCCUUGGUGUUUAUAGUGGCAACCAAAAAGAGAGGUCUGUAUUUCUGGGAUCGGUAAUCCCUUUAUUUAAAAAGCUUAAAGUGUAUUUUUGUUGUACUAAACUUCUCAGUUUCUUCUUAUUACUCCAGGCUCCUGCAUCAGAGAAGCUCCCAGUUAUGUACCUUAUGGAUUCCAUUGUCAAGAAUGUGGGAAGAGAGUAUCUUACUGCAUUUACUAAAAACCUAGUUGCAACAUUUAUUUGUGUAUUUGAAAAGGUGGAUGAAAAUACUAGGAAAAGUUUAUUUAAAUUACGCUCCACAUGGGAUGAUAUUUUUCCUUUGAAGAAACUCUAUGCCCUUGAUGUCAGAGUCAACUCAUUAGAUCCUGCUUGGCCAAUUAAACCUCUGCCCCCAAAUGUGAAUACUUCUAGCAUCCAUGUGAAUCCUAAGUUUUUAAAUAAAUCGCCAGAGGAAUCUACUGCACCUACCUCUGCUGUCACUUCAGGUGCCUCAACUCCUCCAGCUGUUCCUGAAAUACAAAAGAAUUUGACACAGGAGCAACUGAUAAGGCAACAGUUGCUUGCAAAGCAAAAACAGUUGUUAGAACUUCAGCAGAAAAAAUUAGAGCUGGAGCUGGAACAGACUAAAGCACAGUUGGCUGUUUCUCUUAGUGUUCAACAAGGGUCAUCUACUAUAGCUUCAGUUCCAGCACCUUCCAAACAACAUGUGUCUCCGACACCUCAUAUGGCAGUUAAACCUCCUCAUCAGACUGCUGUGCAACCUGAAAAAAACAAACCAUCCCCCAGUCCUCCGCUCCAUGAUAUCAAAAUAGUAAACAGGGAUCCUCGACUUAAUAGGAUGGCUCAGCAUUCUUCUCAUGCUAAAGAUCAGUCUCACAGGAAAGAAUUUCCACCAAACACAGCCAAUCAAUCUGAUACCAAGGCAAAUAAAACAGCUCAGGCUGAAAAGCAGAAUUCAUCAAAGCAAGAAAAAUUGAAAGCAAGUGAGAAAACACCGAAGAAAGAACUUGAUCAGUCAGAAGCAAAAUCUAAAUCGCCAUCACCCUUGAAAAAUAAGCUACCCAGUGCUAAAGAUACUAAAACCCAGGAAUGUGAAAGCGCAAAAGUUUCUGAAAUCAGUAAACGGGAUCCAAGAUUGAAAAAACAUCUUCAAGAAAAGCCAGAGGGCAAAGAGGAUGAAGUGAAAGAGAAGAAGAAAAAUGCAGAUAAAAAAGAAAAAGAGGAACAUAAGACAUGUGAACACAGACCGGUAGGCAGCAGGAUUUUUGUUCAGAAACAAGACGCAGCUACAGAGGAGUCAGAAAAACAGGGUGGAAAACAAGGGAGAUCGAGUAAUAGAAAACGCUCACGAUCACGCUCUCCGAAAUCACGGUCGCCGUCUACACAUUCUCCAAAAAGAAGAGACAGGAGAUCACCCAAAAGAAGACUUAGGAGUUUAUCUCCCACUUCUUCAACUCCUAAAAUUGGAAAGAUCCGUCAGAUAGGUCCUAAGCAGUCUCAUGUUGAAGAAUGUGCGCAAACAGCAAGAGAUGAAAGAAAUUCUAAUAAACGAAACCUGAAGCAAGAGGUGCGAGAUCCAAGGAGAGUGAAAAAAGCCCAAGAAGAUAGGCCCCAAGAAACAGCAAGCCAGCAUUCUACAAAAGCCUCUCCUGAUCCAAAGGAGAAUGCAGAAAACUGGCAAGGAUCCAAAUCAGGCAAGAGGUGGAAAUCUGGUUGGGAAGAAAAUAAAAACUCACAGCAGAGUGAAGAACACCAAGCACUUGGUAAAUCACCUCACCAAAGACACCGGGAAAAUUGGGCUGCUAGUAAAGGAAUUUUGUCACCCCGAGCACCAAAGCAGCAGCACCGGUUAAGUGUGGAUGCCAAUUUACAGAUUCCCAAAGAAUUGACAUCUGCAAGCAAGAGAGAACUGCUUAAAAAGGCAAAUGAACGCUUAGCAUCUGGUGAAAUAACACAAGAUGAGUUCCUCGUUGUAGCUCAUCAGAUCCGACAGCUGUUCCAGUAUCAGGAAGGAAAGCACAGAUGCAAUGUGUGGGAUAGUCCUACAGAAGAAAAAUGUGGUUUGAAAAAGAAACCUCUUCUAUCUGAUGCAGAAUUAACGUAUUACGAACACAAAGCUAAAUUGAAAAGAACACAAGUACAGCAUUCAUUGUCGAGACUUGAUCUGUUAGAUCCUGAUGAUAUUUUGGAUUAUCAUAUACCUGAUGCUUUACUUUCUGGAAUAGAAUGUGAGCAAGCCAAAAGUAAGCGUGGAGUACAGUUUGACAGAAAAGAACCGUUUGGAGAAAGAUCCAGGCGACAUUCUCCUGUAAGUGGCAGUAGUAGACCUUUUCCUGAUAAUCUUUCACCACUUGAGGGUCGACGGAGACUUGAGGAACAAAAUGCUACUAAAGGAGCAAGAGGUUCUAAAAGCUUUGAUCCUUAUGACAGCUGGGGAGAAUCAGAUGAAUUUAGAGAAGCUCUCAGACAACAGGGGAAGAGUACACCAGAGUUCCAGAAAAUAGAUGGUGAUGCAAUCUGCAGAUUUGAUAAUCGUGAAGAAAGACAGCUUCUUGGGCAAGCUGGUGUUCGAGAGGAACCAAGGUCCCCGUUCAGUGAACGUUUCAAGAGAGCGCGGUAUGAAGAUCCAGAGAAAGCACCGUUUUCAGAAAGUCCAGGAUCAAGAUUUGGAGGCAUUGAAGUAAAGCAGAGAAUAAGUGCACUGAUGGAGGAAAGGCCUCUAUUUGAUGGCUCGCCUAGACCGCCUGCUGCAAGGGUUGGGGUAGAUGGACCAGGAAGUCCUUUUGUUGAUGGUCCUUCGCCUGGUUCAAAUUCUAGAAUUGAUGGGCCACCUGGACAGGCUGCUAUGAGAUUUGAGGGGCCUCUAGUAGGGGGAGGUGCCUCUCAGUUUGAUGGACCACUGGCAGGAGCAGGGGGAGCUGGAGCCCUAAGAUUUGAUGGGCCACCAGGGCAGCUGGCAGGUGCCCUCAGGUUUGAAGGACCCCCAGGACAGGUUGGUGGAGGAGGUCCGUUGAGGUUUGAGGGACCCCUUGGGCAGCUAGGUGGUCCUUUGCGGUUUGAGGGGCCAGCAGGGCAGCCUGUAGGUGGUCCUAGAUUUGAAGGACCUGGAGUUGGUCUCAGGUUUGAGGGGCCCCGUGGUCAACUUUCAGGUGGUCUCAGGUUUGAGGGACCCCAUGGUCAACCUCUGGGGCCUCGAGGUCAACCAGGGGGUGGUCUCAGGUUUGAGGGACCCCAUGGUCAGCCCUUGGGGCCUCAUGGUCAACCGGGGGGUGGUCUCAGGUUUGAGGGGCCACACUUACAGCCGUUGGGGCCCCAUGGUCAGCCUGGAGGUGGCCUCAGAUUUGAAGGGCCACAUGGACCAUCAGGUGCUGGACUUAGAUUUGAGGGGCCACAUGGACCAUCCGGUGGUGGACUCAGAUUGGAAGGGCCAGGGGUGGGUCCUAGGUUAAUUGAUGGGCCAGCACACCAAGGUGGUGGUGGUCUUAGAUUUGAAGGUCCUCUGGGUCGAACUGGUCCAAGAUUUGAUGGCUGUCAUUCAGCUGGAUUUGAUGGUCAGCCUGGACAGUUAUCUCUUCUGCAAAGAUUUGAGGGAAUUCAUGGACAGCCUGGCCCAAGAUUUGAAAGGGCACCUGGCCAACAGGCACAACCACGAUUUGAUACAGCCAUACCUCAAAGAUUUGAUGGUCCUCACCAGCAACCCUCAAGGUUUGACUUGCCCCUUGGCCUUCAAGGUGCACGUUUUGAAAAUGUAGCUAACCAUCCUGCCUCAAGACUAGAAUUGCCACCGUAUGGACAAAGUGGUCCAUUUGGUGAACAUCCCAGCCAGGGCUACAAUGGACCAUCUCAUGGGAUGCAGUUCCAGAGACCUGAACUAUUUGAUGGUUCUCCAGGACCAAAUUUCAAUGGGCCAGCUGGCCCAGGAGCACAGAAUUUCGCUUUGAGAGCAUCUGGACAUUAUUUUGAUGAGAAGAGUCUUCAGGGUCCUCAAUAUGGAAACUUCAAUAAUAUGUCAGUGGGAAAUAAUCAGGUGUCUCUCAUGUCCGCUCAACCAGGACCUUACAGCCAAGGUCAGCAGUAUUUACCAAAUCCUGGAAGCUUUGUUCAGAACCCAGCAGGAGGCCUUCCACAUUCAUACCCUGAUAACCACCUUGGCCAGCUUGAUGUCAAUGAGUUGUUUGCUAAACUGCUGUCAACAGGAAUCCUUAAACUGUCAAAAACUGAUUCCACGUCAGCACAAGUGAAUGAAACAUCAGCCCAGCCGGCUGCUGAAGAGGAGGAGGAUGAUCAAGACCAGAGCGAAGAUCAAGAUGUCCCAGACCUCACUAACUUUACAGUUGAAGAACUCAGACAGCGUUACGAUAGUGUUAUAAAUCGACUGUACACUGGAAUUCAGUGUUACUCGUGUGGAAUGAGAUUUACUACUUCACAGACAGAUGUUUAUGCAGAUCAUUUAGAUUGGCAUUAUCGCCAAAACCGUACAGAAAAGGAUGUUAGCAGAAAAGUUACGCACAGAAGGUGGUACUACAGUUUAACGGACUGGAUUGAAUUUGAAGAAAUAGCUGAUCUAGAGGAGCGUGCAAAAAGCCAGUUUUUUGAAAAAGCUCACGAAGAGGUUGUGUUGAAGACACAAGAAGCUGCAAAAGAGAAAGAGUUUCAGAGUGUUCCUGCUGGACCAGCUGGAGCAGAUGAGAGCUGUGAAAUUUGCCAAGAGCAAUUUGAACAGUAUUGGGAUGAGGAAGAGGAAGAAUGGCAUCUGAAGAAUGCUAUUAGAGUAGAUGAAAAGAUUUACCAUCCAUCAUGUUACGAAGAUUACCAAAACACGUCGUCAUUUGAUUGCACGCCAUCUCCCAGCAAGACUCCUGUGGAAAAUCCACUAAAUAUUAUGUUGAACAUUGUUAAACAAGAAACACAAGAAUCCUGUGACUCCCCUAAAGUCAAAGAAGAACCUGAUGACACCCCUACUGCCUGUGCAGAAGAGAGCACACCUGCAUCUACAGAUAUUAAAACAGAACCUGAUAAGGUUGAGUCUGUUUAAACAAACUGAGGUAUGGUGGUUUUUUUUUUUUCUUUUUUUUUUUUUAAACAGAACAGAAGAGCUGCUGUGUUGACUCUGGAAGGCAAAUACUUUUUAUAUGAAAUAAAAAUGUUUAGUUGAGGCAGGGCCUCAGCUACUGUUUGGUUAAUAAAUACAUUUUUGUAUUUGAAUUUCUUAUUGCCUGCACAGUUUCAGGUGUCAUUGUGUGAAAGUUCUGUAGAUGCGUGAAAAUUUAAUGGAACGAAAUUGUAUAUGUAAAAAUGUACAAUUUUCACUUCUGGAAAUGUAAAUUAUAAAUAAAAGAUAUUUUUGCUAUA